GCCGGUUGGCCCGGUUCAACCCAGUCCACCAAACCCUCGUACUACUUAUCCUCUCACUCUCGUCUCCUGCCAUUUCUCCACCUUAAGAAGAACAACACUCACUGUGACUGACUGAUAGUCUCAGUCUCUCACCUACCUUCCAAUCCCAUGGCUGCCUCCACCGCUCUCAUCUCCUCCACCCCUCGCGUCUUCUCCUCCUCCUCCUCCACCAAAUCCUCCUUCUCCAAGCCCCAAUCCCGAACCCUAACUUUCUCCAAAUCCUUCUCCGGCCUCCGCCUCCCCUCCGCCUCUCGCUCCCUCUCCCUCUCCCGCUCCGCCAAGACCUUCGCCGUCAAAGCUUCUGCUGGGGAGCUCCCGUUGGUCGGCAACGUCGCACCGGAUUUCGAGGCCGAGGCUGUUUUUGACCAGGAGUUCAUCAAUGUUAAAUUGUCUGACUACAUUGGGAAGAAAUAUGUGAUUCUGUUUUUCUAUCCGUUGGAUUUCACAUUUGUUUGCCCAACAGAGAUUACUGCUUUCAGUGACCGCCAUGCUGAGUUUGAGGCAAUCAACACUGAAAUCUUGGGUGUUUCAAUCGACAGUGUGUUUUCGCAUCUUGCAUGGGUCCAAACAGAUAGGAAAUCGGGCGGUCUUGGUGACUUGAAGUAUCCAUUGGUCUCUGAUGUCACCAAAUCAAUCUCAAAGUCUUACGGUGUUUUGAUCCCAGACCAGGGAGUUGCACUGAGAGGACUCUUCAUCAUUGACAAGGAAGGUGUUAUCCAACACUCCACCAUCAACAAUCUCGCCAUCGGCCGUAGCGUAGAUGAGACCAAGAGAACACUACAGGCCUUGCAGUUUGUGCAGGACAACCCUGAUGAGGUUUGCCCCGCUGGGUGGAAGCCUGGGGAGAAGUCAAUGAAGCCAGACCCCAAGCUCAGCAAAGAGUAUUUCUCUGCAAUAUAGUGGAAACAUAUCUAUGUGAGAUAGGAAGGUGUAAAACGAGUUUUGUAUUCGUGUAAUGUCCUAUUCUAGAGUUCUUGGUGAACUUUGAGCAGCGAAUGUGAAGAAUAAACCCAAUGUAUUGAACUUGCCCAGUUUUCAGCGCAUUCUAGUAUACGAUUUCGUUCAUCUCACCUUUGUUUCUUUUAGCAUGUCCUUAUUGUUAUGGUCCAACUGUGCCAUACUUGUAAGAGCAGCAGUACUAUGGAACCAUGCAGUGUAACAUUAUCUUAUCAGAAAAUUGUAAGGUGGAAAGCGAAUGAAAGUCUUUACCUUUUCUUUCGUUA